AAAAAAAACUCACACUUUCUCCUUCUCUCUCAUCUGCCCUCUUUACCGUUACUCACCGGCUAAUUCAUCAUAUUUUCUUCUUUCUUUAACCUUCAUCCGCCAUUAACAACACUCUAAUUUACCCUCCAUUAAAAAUCACAAGAACUCUUAAAAAGUUUCAAGCUUUUUAUAAAACUGUCAUCUUUAAAUUCCCCUGUUUCUUUCUAGUUGAAUUUUUCUGAAUUUAGCACUCUAAAUUCAGAAAAAAAAAACCCAUUAAGGAUUUAUCUUAAUUUGAUCAAAUCUUUGAUUUUCUUGAUUGUUAGUUAUAAUAAAUAAAAUAAAAAAUGGCAAGUUUAGCACCUGGGGUAUUGUUGAAACUACUUGAUGGAUUAAAAAGAGGGGUGAAACCCACCGGAGAACACCGGAGUUCACUUCUUCAGGUAACUGAUAUUGUACCAGCCGAGCUUGAUGAGAAGGAUCUAUGGCCUAAGCAUGGAUUUUACAUAAAAGUUUCUGAUUCUUCUCACUCUAUCUAUGUGAGUCUCCCUUUUGAGCAAGAUGAUCUUGUUUUAAGCAAUAAAAUGCAACUGGGUCAGUUCAUUUAUGUUGAUAAAUUGGAGGCUGGAUCGCCUGUUCCGAUAGCGAAAGGCGCUAAACCACUCCCUGGGAGACACCCUUUCAUGGGUACUCCAGAACCCUUGAUGGGUCUUAGAGUGAAGAAAGAUAAGAAAGUUGAGGAAAAACAACUAAUUAAUGGAACUCCAAGAAGAGGGUCUUGGGAGUUGAAUAAUAAUAAUAAUGACAAUAUUGUUACUUCCCCUACUAUGAAAUUAGAUUUUGAUCAGUGUACUCCAUUGAAAGAGAAGGGUAGUGGAGUCAAGUUUCAUCCUCCACCUCCAAUGUCUCCAAUGGUGAGAUCAGUUAAAUUUGGGAAAGAGCAUGUAAAUUCAGCAAUUAGAGCUUCUUUUGGUGGGUCUUUGUUGUCAUCUAAGAUGGAAUCAAAGGGUGAAACUACUUGUUUGGUUAGGAGAAGUUGUGUUACACCUACAAGUUUGAAGUUUCCAAGGAGUAGAAGUGUUAUUGAAAGAGGUCCCAAGAUUACUUCCACUCCUAUAAAUUCAUCUGAAAAGAAAAGUUGUACGCCUCCACCAAGUUUAAAGAGAGAUCGAGGUUGUGUCAAUUUAACAGCAAAUGUGCAGAAUUCUGCCAAUUCAAAGGCAACUCCACAACAUCAGGCACAAUCACAGUCUAGUAAUCCAACCUUCAAUUGUGGUAGUAGUAGUAGUAGCACAAGUAUGUCACUGAACUUACCAGGAAAGCUUGCUAUGCUUGGCAAAGAAGCUGUUCAACAAAGAGAAAGAGCUCAAAAGAUUGCCUAUCAAGCAUUGAGACAAUCUACUGCCACGGACAACGUUGUUCGGUGCCUCAAGAUGUUUGCAAACUUGAGCAAAUCAGGAAAGGCAGAUGCACCAGCAGCUUGUUUUGAUCAGUUCCUAGAGUUUCAGAACCAGAUUACACAAGCAGUGAAUGACAUGGUGUCUAUUCAAGCUGCUACCUCGGCUAUUGAAAGUAAAGCAGAAACGAAAACGGAUGCUCCAAUCUUACACGAAAUAGCGCAUAAUUCAAUGGAACGAUUCCACGACAGUGAACCAAACAGCACAUCUAAGAGAAGAUUAGCCUUGUACAAGUCCAUUGCAUCAUUUCCUGAGAGAACGAAUGAUAUACAAAAGUCAAGCAAUAACAAUAAUGGGAGGGUCUUAAGAUCACAUUCGAAAGUAUAUCCUGAUAAGAAAGGAGAAUCUACUAAUGUCGAAAAUGAUGAAAACAAGCAGCCUGGUUCUGGUGGUGAUUCUGGUUGCUUAAGCAGCAUGAUCAAGUUGUGUAAGCAGAUAGAAGGAGAAGCUGGGGGUUGGUUCAUGGAGUUUAUAGAGAAGGCACUCGAGAUGGGGCUAAAAAAAUCGAAAGGCAAAGCAGAUGCUGAUGUUCGAAAAGUGCCUCAAGCACUUAUACUUAAGGUUAUAAACUGGGUUGAAGUUGAGCAAAGUGAUGCUAGUAAACGACCAAUUCAUCCAAAAGCUUCUCAGAUUACUAGGAAAUUGAGAAUCAAGGUGAAAAACCCUUGAUCUGUUGGUCUGUGUGGGACUUAUUUCAUGCCUUUACUUAUGUAGUUCAAUUCAUUUAUUAAAUUUAUAGUAAUUCAUAGAAGUUCUGAGAUCAUUCAUGAAUGUUUAGUGUUUAGGUUGCUUGUAUAAUAUGAUUAAGAAUUGACUAGUUCUUAGUGUAUAAGAUCAAGAGUUGGUUAGAGUUUGUAGGGAAUCUGUAUGUUUAAUCUAUCAUGCCUAAGUUUUAGGUAGGACUGAGGGCUGAGGUAUUCUUUGUAUACUAACUUGUUGAUGAGGAUACGGUUCUUCUGAUACAAGGAGAUUGACAAUAAUAAAUCAUGGUCACACGUUAUAA